AUGACGGGGGCGGGUGACGGCGAGCCGAGCCAGUGGUGCUUGAACAAGCGCGCUCGGUGCGAGUUGCCGCCGCGGAAUGACAAAGACACCGACUGGGAGGGAGGGAGCCCCUGCUCCCGGUUUACGUCGGAAAGUCCCGCUUCUUCGUUAGCGUCUGGGGAAGAGACGCAUGCGCCUUCUGCUCAUACCGCCUCCCCCCGUGGCCGCGAGACCGGCCACACUUCGGAUCGAGACCCUGGAGAAGGAACAAAGACGGCGGGGAGCGAUGAGUCGCCCCCAGGCAAAGAGGCCGAGGAAGCUGCAGGGACAGCCGAUCCCCAGUGGUCGCCUUCGUGCUGGCGUAGCUUUCCGGCGGCUCAGAAUCCGUUUGAGGCCGUCUCUUCGAGCCGGCUGGGGCAGGCGCAGCGGCGGCUGUCGCAGCUGCCGCCGCUGGCGCAGCCCCACGAGAUCGAGGUAUUGCUUUCGCGAUUCCGUGACGUGUACGAGGGGAAGCGCUUCGUGCUGCAAGGUGGAGACUGCGCCGAGCUUUUCGCGGAGUGCACGUCUGCUGUUCUGGCAGCCAAGGUGCGCCUCCUCCUGCAGAUGAGCCUCAUCCUCGAGGCCGCCACCGCAUGCAAAGUCGUCCGCAUCGGCAGGAUAGCUGGCCAGUACGGAAAGCCGCGGACGCACUCCCACGAAGUGGUUGAAGGACGCCUGGUCAUGACGUACCGCGGCGACUCCGUAAACGGGAGAUCUCCUUCAGAAAGAGAUCCACAGCCAGAGCGUCUUGUCGAAGCGUAUUUCCACUCUGCGGCAACUUUGAACUUUGUCCGCUCUCUCCUCUCGCGCGACAGCGCCUUCCUCCGCUCUCCCCUAGAACUGCGCGGCGGCGAGGAGACCGUUUGGGAGCUCUCUGCGCAAGUCGAUCCCAAGCGGCGGCGCGAAUUCGAAGAAAUCGUCAGCGCUGUCUCCAACAAGUCGAAUCACAGAGCUUCCAGCCUCCCUCCCGCUGCCUCUUCUCCGCAUCCACAGUAUUCUUUCGCGACUCCAACUGCACCUGGCCCUCCGUCCAAUGCUGCUGUCACCCGGACCCUCUUCACGCGGCGCCCUCCUCUUUUUGCGGGGCUGUUCCUUCAGGAAGCCUCUGCGCUCGGAUGCUUCGCGUCGCACGAGGCCGUGCUUCUUCCCUACGAAGAAGCCAUGACGCGGCAAUACGACGGGAAGUUUUAUGACACCAGCGGCCACUUUCUCUGGGUCGGCGACCGGACUCGGCAACUCGAUCACGCACACAUCCAGUUUUGCCGAGGCCUCAGGAACCCGAUCGGCGUCAAGGUCGGUCCGAGCGCGCGGCCGGACGAGAUCGUCAAGAUUUGCCUGACCCUCAACCCGGAAAAUAUUCCAGGAAAAGUAGUCUUAAUCACAAGACUUGGCGCUGCCGGCGUUGGGCGUCAACUUCCUCCUCUUCUUGAGGCCGUUCUCGAAGCAGGCGUCCGCGUGGUGUGGUUGUGCGAUCCGAUGCACGGAAACACUCAAGUUACACCGGAGGGAAAGAAGCGCCGGUAUUUCGAGGACAUGCUGAACGAAGUUGUCAACACACUCGACGUGCACCGGCGACAUGACUCUCAUCUGGGGGGUGUGCAUUUCGAGCUCACAGGGGAGCACGUAUUCGAGUGCUCAGGAGGACCGAUGGGGUGCGACGCGACAGCUGACGCAGAGCCAGCUGAAGCAUUUUGCGAUCCUCGGCUCAACUACACUCAGGCGUUGGAAAUGGCGUUUGAGAUUGCGCAGCACAUGAAGAACCCCCCGACACGUCAAACAGAGGAACCGAACAGGGAUCGAAGAUGCAGCCGAGACGCUAACUGA